CAUGAGCAGGGAUCUGUUUACAAACUGAGAGCUUCAGACAGAGAGCGUGGAGGAGAGAGGCGAGGACGGAGAGUGAAUGUGAGAAGAAAAAAAGCACAGGAGCGAGGAGCUGAGUUAACAUUAGCUGCAUUGUCUUCCUGUGCUGACAAACCUCCCCGUGUUUUGCGUUCACAGCAGGAAGGCAGGGGAAGAGAUGAGUUGCUGCUUUCCACAGGAGCACUGAGAGGCUGCCUGCCUGCUUGGCUGACUGCGCUGCCGGGAGAACCCAUCCACGUCCCUCCCUUUGUCUCUCCAUAAUUGGCAACGGCAGGUUUUCACAGCCAGAGAGCAGAAAAGCGACGUGGAGAUCUAAAAGGAGAGGACAGAGGAGUGAGAAGAAAGAGAGAAGAGAAUAGAAGAAGAGGAAGGGAAGGACAGCCUCGUGACAGUGUUUUGAAGGGGAGACAAAGCCAGAGGUUUAUAACCGAAGUGCUGGAUGGGAUUUGGAAUAUUUUUCCUUAUAUUGUUAGUGACAUCGGUGUUUUCUUAUCAGCACAAUUCCACGUCGGAUUCUUUGUCAUGUGUUGGGAAGACACAGAGGAAUACUUCAGUUUCUACAGCUGUCUGGGAGUCUAAAUCUCACUUAAGGUGGUUGUUUUUAUUACAUUCAUGGGGUAAAUCAUCACCCCACACUGACAAAUUGUGUUCAGAUGAGCAGCUGCUUAAGUGGGCAAUAUUUUCUCUACGUCCUUGGAGUCUCUAAUCUGGUGUACUCACUGUAGACCGCAAGGAGUGAACACAGGUAUAAGAGUAACCUGAAAGCGGACAUAAGAGGUCAAUCUUUCAUUUUCAGUGCUGGAAACCAUCCCAGAAAAGUUGUGGAAAACACAGUUUGUAAUAUUGGAGAGGUUACAACCCCAAACACUCACGGGGUUUGCUGGAUGAACAUUUGAUGCAUCCUGUCCAGUGGUGUAACGGGUGUCUGUGUGACCUUGGAUUGCAGAGCUCUGACCCUCACUGCAAGAUGACGUCUGAAACGCUCUAUGAACUGCCACUCAACGUCUACAUAAUCAUCCUGGGCAUCGGCCUCUUCAUCCUCAUGCUCAGCCUCAUUUUCUGCUGCUACCUGUUCAGACUGAGACGACAAGGUGCUAGAGGACAGUAUGGCUACAAUGAGGUUGUUUUAAAAGGAGCAGAGAAGAAACUGAGCCUUCUUGGUCAAACAUGUGCGGUGUGUUUAGAAGAGUUUCGCAGCAGGGACGAGCUUGGAGUGUGCCCGUGCUCCCAUGCUUUUCACAAAAAGUGUCUGCUAAAAUGGUUAGAGAUCCGCAGUGUGUGCCCCAUGUGCAACAAGCCCAUUUGUCGUCUCCAGCCUAACAACCAGCAAGCAGAGCCUCAGAGUCUUCUGGAGGUCUGAGAAAGGAACGUAUGUCCAGCAGUGCUCUUCAGUCAACUGACCUGUCACUGUACAGGAUCCUGCUCCACAGUCUGACAGACAGUACUUUUAGUAAUGUGAAUAUUUUUGAGGCAGAGCUACUCUAGAAGUGGAAAUUAAUAUAAAUAUGAGAGUAAAUUUAUAAGUACAGAGUGAAAGAAUAGACCCAGCAGACUGAAUGAGGGAGGCUGUAAUGACAUUUAAUCCACAUGCACAUGGCAUUCGUGAUAGAGUUGCAGUAGGUAGAAAUCAACCAAAGGCAGGAAAAAAGGACAAAAUUAAAAAAUUAUGACGAUUCAUGUUUGUAUUUCAGGUUGCUCAUUAUCGUGGAUGAGUUGGUGGGAACAGUGAACAGGAGCAGUGGAUUAAGGUCAGGCAGAAAUCUAAACUUCAGACUUCAAAAAGCUCCAGUUUAAUGUGGAUACAAUUUUGGCUUCAGGUUCAUGUUCUCUGGCUUCAGCCCACAAACUUCAUUUAAAGAGAACAUCAUCAGCAGCAUUAUCAAUAGGAUCAUUAGCAGAUUGUGGAGACACCAGCUAGUUGCCAACAGAUGAUGAAUACUUGCUGAGCAAGUGGGGUCAGAUAAUAUAGCUUUAAGCGUGAGUCCUUUAGUGCGUCAGUUGUGCCGGGCCCUCUGCAUGCUGGGAAUGUCAAUGUGCAGUGUGACUACUGUAACUGAACUAAUGAGAUUAUUUCUGCCUUCAGAGCAGCUCUGCCUCUGAGAAAUGUUUGUAUGACAAACUCCAGUCUGCUGUUGUAUUAUUUUUUUUUUUUUUUAAACCUUACCCCAAAAAUGACACGCAGCUCCUCGUGAAUAUGAUGUGCUUUGGUCUUUAGCCACAAUUUCAUAACCCAGAGCCUGGAAAGGAAAAAAAAAAAAAAAAAAGUGUACAAUCACCAGACAACUUUAUGAAGAGAUCUGAACCGUGUCUCAGUCAAUCAGCUGAGUGAAGGUAGCCGUGUCCCAAAUGACGAGACAGUUGAGACAUGCUGUCACACGCCUGUUUGACUACAACCGAAGGUCCUGAGCGACUCAACGACUAAAAUAUACCUGAUUAUUAAAGCUGUUUCUAAGGAACCCUUAGAAAUUUUCAGUAAAAAUAUAUUGUGUGUCUGUGAUGAUACAACACUCGUUUGUCAAAUAAUUUAGUGUCAUCUUCCAGGAGUGCUAAACUGAGCUGAUUGUAAGGAAAUCUUUGUCCCAAUGCUCAAAGAACUAUACUCACUACAGUAAGAAGGCGCUGCAGUGGCAUGAAAGAGCCUGUUAGGCGCACCAUAAACAUAAUUCUCUGUAUUCACUAUGUUACAUGUUAAAUACUGUGUAAAGUGUAACUUCUGUUUCUGACUUCUAAAAAUAUAUAAAGUAUAACCAGCUUUUUGAUAAUGUUAUUUGGAUCCAUGUCUUUUUGUCUAGAUUUCUUAGAUGUACACAGUUAAAGUUGUUUAUUUCUAUACUCUCAAUUUAAUAUAUGAAAAAAUUACAUUUUUAUGUAUAUUUUAGCUGUGUCCACAUACAGAGUAAUCACAGUAUUAUCACCAAUAAGGUGCCACCCGUGCUUUAUAAACACACCCAACAAAAAUGGUGUGUAAAUUUAAAUGCAGUUUGUUGUUAUUCUUUUAGUCUCUGAGGAUGGCAGCUUCAGUAUGCUGGUCUGCCUGCCCAUUCACCACUUUGAGCUCUGAAGUAUC